AGGUUGGGUAUGAUGAUGUAGCAACAAGUAAAGGGAAGGAGACCUAGCCGAACCAAGGGGAAAACAAGCUUCAGACAGGAUUGUUUAUAUAGCAACACUAUUGAUUCUAGCAAUAUUGAUAUAAAUAACUAGUUGACGAACCACUAUAUAACGGGAUAAACAAUCGUUUGCCACGUGAAAUUGCAGAUUACUUUGUUUAACGCGGUUUGGUGAGCUACAGUUAGCAACAAGUCUUCCACCGCUAACGUUAGCUAGCUUACUAACUUACCACGAAGAUAAGUGUGUGACCCAGACAAUCGAACAUAAUUCAGACACCAUGAAUCCUGAAUACGACUACCUGUUCAAACUGCUUCUGAUUGGCGAUUCAGGGGUGGGAAAGUCUUGCCUCCUGCUUCGAUUUGCAGAUGACACCUACACGGAAAGUUACAUAAGCACCAUUGGCGUGGACUUUAAAAUCCGAACGAUUGAAUUGGACGGCAAGACCAUCAAACUACAGAUUUGGGAUACAGCUGGUCAGGAGAGGUUUCGCACCAUCACCUCCAGCUAUUACCGAGGAGCUCAUGGCAUUAUUGUGGUCUACGAUGUAACCGACCAGGAGUCUUACAACAAUAUAAAGCAGUGGCUGCAGGAAAUCGACCGCUACGCCAGCGAAAAUGUCAACAAGCUGCUUGUGGGUAACAAGUGUGACCUAACCACCAAGAAAGUAGUAGACUACACAGCAGCCAAGGACUUUGCUGACUCCCUCAACAUCCCGUUCCUUGAGACCAGUGCAAAAAACUCAACCAACGUGGAGCAAUCCUUCAUGACCAUGGCGGCAGAAAUUAAGAAGCGCAUGGGGCCCGGCGCCACUGCGGGCGGAGACAAACCCAACCUGAAGAUCGACAGCACUCCUGUGAGGCAGUCUGGGGGAGGAUGCUGUUAAGACCGCCCCCGUCCUCUCACAUGGGUGUAGUGACUGAACUAGGGUCCUGACAGAACAGGGGAAUACGGUGGAGGUGGUGGGAUCUUCAAGACCUGACUGACAUAUUUUCAUGUUGACUGGGUGACAAAGGUUUGUGCGGAAGGAAUAGUUUCCCCCCCUGCCAAACACUCCCUCUUUUUAUUCACUUUUUAUACACGCAGAAGUGGAAACAUCUUAAUUGAAAAAAUGCGGUUGGCAUUGUAAGGCUCCAAACGGAUUUUUUUUUUGCUUAUUUAGCACUUUCUGUUUCUCUCAAAGAUAUGUUGGUCCGGGUGUUAAAAUGCACAAAUGCACAUUUACAUAAGUGCUUGAUAGGAAUCAUGAAUGUUUUUUUGAUAUUAUCCCAAUAUUUGACUGUAUUAUCCCAAUAUGGCCCUCAAACGUCUUCUUUCUUGCCUUGAUUUAUGUGGGUUUAAUUCUUUUUCAGCUAAAACUCAAAACCAGCAGGCUCCGGACCUUGUAGGGCAGGGAUCAGCAACAGUUUUUUUUUCAUAAGUAAGAUAAGGGUAGUGAUUGUGUCUCAAUGUAUUCGAGGGAUUCAUUUUAAUGUUAUUUUCCAUUACAGUCUCUUUGGACUUGUCAAUUAGUGAACAUGUUGUGUAUAUAUAUAAUUAUGAUCCGACCCCCUGCACAUCCACUCUGACCAAAAUCGUCCCGCGGCAGAGUCUAGUUGAAUCCUCAUGUUAAACACCUCUGCAUCAUGGCCUAGUCUGACUGCAAGGAGAUGAAUAAGAGCCAUUGAACUACACAGGCACAGGCAAUUCUCAUUUUUGUAUUUUUCUUUUAUUAAAUGUGCAUCUUGUCUUUUUCAGAGCUGGUUGUACCAGCUUGUGAACCGAUAUGAGAAUUUCUCUGCCUGUGCCAACACAGCCACUGUGACCUUUAACCCAGAGGCUUUAUGGACACUCCAGAAUAUAUUGUGAGAACAACCUCCAUACGCAUAUGUUCUUCAGAAUUCAGAUUUACAGGUAGCCAUGUGGCCCAUACACAAAAACCUGAUAUACGUAACCAUUAGGCCAAUGAGAAAAUGAGAACAGGGUCCAGUAAUUAAUACGAAGUUCACAAACUAGGGGCAGUACAGCCAAUGGAUAUCUGCUAUCAAGGUGUCCCAAUCUUUGUUUUAGUCAUUGCUGUUAAAUGCUGUUAUUACAUGUCGGUUUGAUUCUGUUUUUUGAUCUACAGCAGGUGUAACUGUGUUACCACUUAUGUUUCAUGAAUGAAAGCCAACCCGAUGGCCAGUAGUAUUGGACUAUUUCUGUCACGAGUUCUAGCUGCCGGCCAUAAUCGUAAGUGGGUUUCAGCGUGUCCAACGCUUCUGUGUUUAGUUUGUCUUCAUUUCACGUCCCAAUGGUGGUGAGACCUUAACUCACCCUGACGCGGUCUGGGCCACCUGUGGUUGGUGAUCAGGCAACAGCUUCAUGUACUAUUGUUACGGUUUAGUGACCAGGAUCCAGCCUAAACGAUGGUUAGACUUUGAUAUUUGUUUGAAAAUAUCUUUGGUAUGGCGCAUACACAGUCGUUUUUAUGUUUUACUGCUCGCUCAAACUUUAAUUGCACAUAAGUCUGUUGUGAUUGAGGGAAAGGAGAAAAACUACGCCUGGGAACAGACUUUGAAAAUGUUCCUGUAUUUGCCACUUGGAUGGAAAUUGUGCAUAGAAAUAGAAUGACUAGAACAGACUGGUGAGUUGAAUCAGUGUUUCCAUUAUGUUAAGUCUGUAUCUAUGCUUUUAAUCCUAUCAUUAGCUGUCCCAAAUAGCAGAGUAAAUACAGCCAAGCUGUUAACUGUCUAAUAAUUCCAUAUGCCUUUAAGUGUCACCACAUCCUUUGCCUUUGUUGAUAAAGAAGCAUCUUCAUGUUGGAUGCUAAACCAGUGAGCGUUUGAUUGUUGUUUAAAUUAGUAAAACAUGUUACGUUUAAAUAAU